GAUAAACAAUUCAAACUACUAGCACAACGUGAGACUUCUCAUUGCCUAUAAAGAAGCACCUUCUUUAGCUAACCAGGACAUUAGAAACCAAACCAUGGCUAUUACUGCUAAAUCCUUCACUUUUCUUCUGAUUUCUUCUCUCUUCCUAGUUUCUUGUUUUUGUGCCAAGGAGGCACGGGACACCUUUCCUGUAGUGAAUGGUCUCUCAUGGUCGUUCUACGACUAUAGCUGUCCUAAAGCUGAAUCAAUUAUAAGAAAACAGCUCAAGAAAGUUUUCAAGAAUGAUAUUGGCCAAGCUGCCGGCUUGCUUCGUCUCCAUUUCCACGACUGCUUUGUUCAGGGAUGUGAUGGCUCAGUGUUGCUUGAUGGAUCGGCGAGUGGUCCAAGCGAGCAGGACGCCCCUCCCAACCUGACCUUGAGACCAAAGGCAUUUGAGAUCAUCGACGACCUACGCGAGCGCAUACACAAGGAGUGUGGCCGAGUGGUCUCUUGUGCUGAUAUUGCCGCAAUUGCUGCCCGUGAUUCUGUUUACCUGUCAGGUGGCCCUGAAUAUGAUGUCCCCUUGGGGAGGCGAGAUGGUCUCAACUUUGCAACGCAAAAUGCAACGUUAGCCAACCUGCCACCACCCACUGCAAAUGCGAGCACAAUUCUCAGAUCUCUCGCCGCCAAGAAUCUCGAUGCCACCGACGUGGUAGCCCUGUCUGGUGGUCACACCAUUGGUAUAGGUCACUGUGGCUCUUUCACCGAGCGCCUCUAUCCAACCCAAGAUCCCACGAUGGAGAAAACCUUUGCUGAGGAUCUCAAGGGAAUUUGCCCUACAAAUAGCUCUACCAACACCACUGUGCUAGAUAUCAGGUCCCCUAAUAAAUUUGACAAUAAGUACUAUGUUGAUCUCGUGAACCGCCAAGGCCUGUUUACCUCAGACCAAGACCUGUACUCGUACAAGAAGACAAGGGGCAUCGUCACAAGCUUUGCUGAAGAUGAAGCUUUGUUCUUUGAGAAGUUCGUGGUUGCAAUGAUCAAAAUGUCACAGCUUAGCGUAUUGACAGGCAACCAAGGAGAGAUUCGUGCCAAUUGUUCGGUGAGAAAUUCAGACAACAGCUAUUUGGUGUCCGAGGUGGAAGAGGAUUUGGAGACAAAGUCCGAAUUGAGAUAGAUACCUAAUCUCUAUAUUCUGUACAUCCAAGCUCCACUAGUUGGCACUUGUCUAGCUACGGGUUACUUCUUGUUGUUUCUCAAUUGCGUCGCUUUUUCUUAGUAGAAUAAUACUAGUUGACUGCUCUGUAAAAUUGAAGUUUGAAUAACUAGUUGGAAGCUGGCUCUGUCAAAAUAACUUUUCGUGGUUUGAACAAGUAGCUGUUUAUAUACAAGAUAUUUCUUAAGAAA